AUGGUGCCAAACCUGUUACGCCCAUACCGAGAGUUUGCGCCCAGCUAUUUCCACGAUAUCUUCAUCCACAGUCGUGCCGAGGACGACAUGACCGACGUCGAGGUACAUCUGGAUCACCUACACCAAGUGUUCGAGGUGAUGAGGGAGAACAUGUUGUACGCCAACUUGAAGAAGUGUAUCUUCUGUGCUCCCGAGAUUCCCGUACUCGGGAGCUAUGUCAGCAAGGAAGGUGUCCGUGCCGACCAGGAGAACGUUGAGGCCAUUUCCGCUUUUGUCGCGGUGGAAACGAGCUUAUUCACCGCGCCCGUGUUGAUGCUGGUCGGCCACACAAAGCCAUUCCACGUCGUGUGCGACGCGAGCGACUUUGCAAUUGACUGCGCGUUAAUGCAGUUUGACGACGAGGGACGCGAACGAGUUGUGAGUUACCAGUCGCGUCAACUGAAGCCAGCGGAGCGCAGCUACCCCGUUCACGAAAAGGAUCUGCUGGCCAUGCGUUACGCGCUCAUCAAGUUCCGCGUGUAUCUGUUGGCCGGACAAAUUAACAUCCUCGCCGACACGCUAUCGCGUCGACCAGACUACGUGCAGUCGGGUCGCCAUGCAAUUGGUGACGAAGAUGACGAUGAAUGCGCUGCGUGUGUCUCAAUAGGCGUUGCUGCUGUUGAGGUCACAGUGACAAGUUCGCUCCGCGAGUCCUUUGCGUCCACGCACGAGGCAGAUGCGUCAUGCUCCGAUAUGAUCAAGUACCUGCGAGAUCCUUCAGACACGGCGCGUCACCGGUUGUCCCCACGCAGUCGCGCUCGCAUCGACCGCUACGCCCUGGACGGCAGCCUGUUGACCUACUGCGUUGAUCGCGCGGAUUCCCCACGCGUCAUCUUUCCGCUGGACGAGGACCUUCGCGCACGCCUGAUUCACAAGUUUCAUGAUACCCCGAGCGGUGGACAUCUCGGACGCGAGAAAACCUUCGCGUCGUUGUCCCGUGAUUUCUAUUGGCCAAGUGGGUCCGGAAGUGGGGGCGCUCGUGUGAAGCGUGCCAGCGUGUGA